GUGUGCAAAUCGCUUAUGUAGUGUUUACUGUAUUGUGUGAAGUAAAUUUAAUAAAAUGAAACUGAAAAAAGCAACGAAGAAAGCUGCAAAAGUAGCAGCAUCGUCCGACUCUGAUUCAGAGUAUAGUUCGGACGAGGAAUUACGAGAAGCUUUUGCGAAAGGUUUGAUAAAACCCGGUCUCAAUACAGUAACUGAAGAAAUAAGUAAAAAAUUCAAAAAUUCUGUGAAUCUUAUGAAACAAAAACUAGAUGCGAUUAAAUUAAAUUUGCCGUGGUUAGAGAGGUUGGAUAUGGUCAAUGCACCAGCACCUUUAGCACCAGAAUUAGCAUUACAAAUGCAAGAGCAGGAAGUACGACGCGCAAAACAGUUGAAAGGGAAUAAAAAAUUACCUCAGUAUACUCCGUCCGAGGAUCCUGUUCUAAAUGAUUUUCGAAGGGAGACAAUGUUUCAUAGGCAAGCUCAAGGUGCUGUUCUGGAUGGUAUCAUACGAUUGAAAAAGCUGGGUGUACCGACAAUCAGACCGGAUGACUAUUUUGCUGAAAUGGCAAAGUCAGACACUCAUAUGCAAAAAGUCAGACAGAAUCUUAUGAAGAAACAGACGAUAGCUCAGAGAUCAGAGAAAAUUAGAUCGCUUAGACAGCAGAGGAAAGUGUCCAAGCAAAUGCAAGUGGAAGCAACUUUGAAGAAACAUGCAGAAAAGAGGAAACUAAUGGAGGAAGUUAAGAAAUAUCGUAAAGGCGUCAGGAAGGAUCUAGAUUUCCUCGAAGAUAAGAAGAAGCCUCAGCGUAAAGGGUUAGAUCAAAAAGCAGCCGCAAAACGGAAGAUGAAAGAUUCAAAGUAUGGUUUCGGCGGCAAAAAACGCGGUAACAAAAAAAAUACAAAGUCCAGCUCCGCGGACGUUUCAGAGUACAAAAGGCCUUCGAAACCGGGAAAGGAUUUAAAAAAGAAAGGCGGAAAACCGAACCCGAGAUUAGGAAAGAAUCGUAGGAUUCAAAUGAAAGCAAAGAAGAGACGGCAGUAGGUAUAGCUUAAAAAAAUUCACGAGACUUGACAACACGUUUUUUACGACUGCCUCCAGCGUUCACGUAUCUGUAAAAUAAAUCACUUCUGUAAUAAAUAAUAUUUGUUAAUACUA